CAAUGGAGCUCACAUCUCUCGUCUUCUGUUGUCUGGGAACAGUUGUUGUCAGGGCAGAGGUAAGAUGGGAAGCCAAGUUGGUGGAUACGCGUGAGUCUUGCCGUUGUGGAUUUCAUCCAAACUGGUGUGUAGGACCUGACCGGGAAUUUGAGGGCUUGUAAAUAGUGCUUAUUUUUAAUGCCCACAUAGACUGAGUUUAAUACAGACUUUGUGUGGAAUCAAGUGGGCUGUGAGUUGACCAGUGGGAUAUCCUGGGUUUGGAGGCCUAAAUCUGCUGGCAUGGCUAAACAGACUGCAUCUGAAAUUAUCUUCAUAACAUUGAACCACAACAUCACUCUCAUAGGGAAAGCAUGGCUCGUCCUGGUGGUAUUCCUCAGAAUCCUGGUCUUGCUGUUUGCUGGUUAUCCCCUCUACCAGGAUGAGCAGGAAAGAUUUGUGUGUAACACCAUUCAGCCCGGUUGUGCCAACGUGUGCUACGACAUGUUUGCCCCUCUUUCCCUUGUCCGAUUCUGGCUGGUGCAGCUCACCACCCUUUGCCUUCCUUAUGUGGUGUUUGUCAUCUAUGUGAUCCACAAAGUGAGUUCUGGUCUACCUGCUGACAGCGGGACUUCUGAGUCCAUAAAAGCAGACUCCAUCUAUAAGAUCCAUCAAGAAUCGUUCAGGAAAGCAUCUCUUUGUAAGACCAUCAUGAAGGCUGAGAAGGGCCUGGUGCAGUACUUCACAGGAGCCUACAUCUUGCAUCUGUUGCUUCGGAUAGUUGUAGAAGCUGGAUUUGGAGCUGCACAUUAUUACUUGUUUGGCUUCCACAUCCACAAACGCUUCAUGUGUCAGCAAUCACCUUGCACAACAAUGGUGGACUGCUACAUCUCUAGGCCCACUGAGAAAACCAUCAUGCUGAACUUUAUGUUGGGGGCAGCCGCUUUGUCCUUGCUACUAAACGUGUGCGACCUAAUCUGUGCCAUCCAGCGCUCUGUGAGGCAAAAAAGCAAGGGAAAGAUGCUAGUAGAGAAGAUGUACGCAGAGGAGCAGUACUACUUGUCAGGGAAUGGGAAUCAAGGUGUCGACACCAGCAUCCAGCCGAAUCAAGAUGUGAUGGGACCGGGAGGGUUCCGCAAAAGAGGGACCAGAAACUCAAGUUGCGAUGAAGCUGCUUCCAUUCUUUUGGACGAUGACCCUCCACAAGCUUCACCUCUUGCAGGAAUGCCUACAAUUGCUGGAAUGCCUGGUUCCAACAACAAUGACGACAGCAGCAGCUACCAACCCAUCCAAGAAGAGGGGAUGGUUAGAGAGGGCAGUGAAGUGGCACUGUACCCCAGUGAGCCUUUGGGGACUCAUAGAUCCGUCCGAGUUAGCAAAUGCAGUCGUCUCAAACCUCCACCACCUCCACGACGGGACAAACUAGCUGCUCAAGGUGCAAUUGAUGUCUCGGGGGCAACAGCGGUGUGUACCAGAAGAGUAGGGCAAUAUACUCUGGUAGAAAUGACCACCGGUGAGGACGUACCAACUUGCAAUGGAGACGGACAAGAAAAGAGGUCGGAAUGGGUUUGAUUGUCUCUCCAGAUGACUAAGAAGCUUUCAUUUUGAAGCAUAGCGAGUUGAUUGGGACUUGACUGAAACAGAGUGACUUGAUUGGAAUAGACUGCUUGGAGAAACAAGGUGAAAUGAGAGGUAUUAUUAGAUGUCAACGUCAUGGAUACAUGCCAACCCUUGGAUCAGCUACGCCCAUCAGCAUCCACCUGCCUCUUAUGUUGUGUUAGUGCAUUCUGUCUUUCUUUCACAAGCCAGACGGGGCCUUGACCUGUCUUGCCCCUGCGACAAUCAAGGGACACCGAAGGCCUUUCUAAAAACAGGUCUGUUGCAACCACCCAGGGUCUCUGAGGUUAAGCUAAGACUGACAUACUUUCUGCUUCAACAGUAGCGGCCACCAAUCAAGAACAACCCUGAGGGUACGAAGGUGCUUUAAAGUUCCUCCAAAAUCCUCCAGCCUGAAAAAACUCAGGAACUGUCGAUUGUCAGUCAACUGGACCGCAUCAUAAAGCAAUUACUGCCUAGGCUGCUUUUGUAUUUAUGUAGGUAGCCUGUAACACUAUUUCAAGGACCCGCUGGGGUUCGGUUUGGAGCUUUAGAACAAACACUUUAAAUAGAGCUCCAUAAUCUGGUGUAACACGAGAGCAAGACGAUGCUCGCCUUUCAGACUCUCAGAAGCGAGCCGCAACAUGUAAACGAUUAGACAUGUUGGUUUUGGACAGUCACCUAGACUGCAGCCCUCCUGUCCUCACAAUGUCAGUCAUGUGUCUUAUUAAACACAACAGGGACUUCUGGGAUUGACUAUUUAUGGAAUUUCCUUAUACAUCACUGAUGAUGAUUUGUAGUAGUAGUUUUUGUCUUUUUUUUGCUGCUAGAUGCUACAGAUCUUUAGUCUGAUGUCAAAUGGUUUGCAAGUUAGUGACUCUUUGGCAUGGUUUCUAUUUUAUUACCUGAACAAAUCACACUCCCCCUUAAAAGGGCAGAGAAAUAUUAUUAAUAUUUCACAUAUUACACAACUUUAAACUGGUGACUAUUAAAGAAAGGACAGACUGCAUGAACUCCUGUAUCUCAAAAUGCAAUGCAUUUAAUUUCACUUAAAGUUCAUUUCAUUUCAAUUGUGAUGACAGCUGGAUUUCAAAUGAAAAAGAAUCAUUUCCAAAAUGAUAACUGGAUCUCACUCAUGCGAGUUCAUGUGACCACAAAGUAACAUAUUACUUGGGGUCUCUAGUAAUGUGCUGAUGAGUUGACUCAGGUGUUUCUGAUUAGAAAAAUGUGUACUGUUGGUAUGCCCUGCUGGGGGCAGC